CAGACACCGAAUCUGCAGCUGCAGUACUGACAUCUUCACCUCGCUCUUCCGCCUCGGGACGCUGACCCGUCUGAUUCACCAUGCUUCUCCUCGGCCUGCUGGCUCUCUCUCUCCCGGUACUGGGCUGGGGCCGGGCUUUCGACCUGGGCCAGUCCACCCGCUGCGUGCCCAUCCCCCGCCACAUGGGCGUCUGCCAAGACGUGGGCUACUCAGAGAUGCGGCUGCCCAACUUCCUGGGCCACACCAGCCUGGAAGCAGAGGUGGUGCCCCGCUCAGAGGACUGGAGGCCGCUGCUUCAGACGGGCUGCCAUGCCCAGGCCCGAGCCUUCCUCUGCUCCCUCCUCGCUCCCGUCUGCCUUGACACCUUUAUACAGCCAUGCUAUAGCCUGUGCGUGGCUGUGAGGGACAGCUGUGCCCCAGUGCUGGCCUGCCAGGGGCAUGAGUGGCCCAGUGAACUGGACUGUGACCGCUUCCCGGCCCAGGAGGACAUGUGUCUGUCACCCAUUCAGAAACACACCAGCCUCUUCUCUAAAGGUUUGCCCCAGCCUGCCUGUCAGGACUGCCCCAUGGUGGUAGGGUUACCUCCUCUCAAGCGGGUCCUGGACGCCCUCUGCCUCAAUGACUUCGCUGUCAAGGCCAAGCUGUCCCGCCAGCACCUGCCAUCGGGGGAGGCAGAGUUCACGGUGGAGGGCCGGGUGGAGUUUGUGCGCCAGGGUCCCCUACUGCCUUACGACACCCAGAGCAUGCUACGCCAGUGGCUACUCAUCAACCGCGGAUGUGCCCAAACGCUGCUCCGGCCUGGUCACUCUCAGCUGUACCUGCUGACCGGCACGGUGCGGUCCGACGGCACGGUGACCCUCGACAGCCUCUUCCCCUGGCACAAGAAAGACGCCCACCUCGUCCUGGCCACCCGCAAGUGGAAACACCACCGGUGCUGAGCGACAGCGCCUCCGCGAUGGCUUAACAUCCUCUACUCCAAGCUGGAUUUGCUCGCAGCAGUACGAGUCGGAUAUUACCCUAGGAGAUCUCGUGUGGGACGGACGGAGAUAGAUAAAAACUUAAAUCCAGGGCUCAGUGAAGGGGCAGUAAUGCAAGUGGGUUACCCUGACACAUACCCGAGACAGGGACAAAGCAGCUUGGCAGUUUUCUUUUAUAACGCCACCUUGUGGCCAUCUGUAGCUGAGCCACAAGACUCAUAAAAGAUAUG